AUGGCGUCUUCUUCUUCCAAGUCCAGAGAGCUUUUCCAAGUCUUUGUGAGUUUCAAACACGACGACGCCGGCAACAACUUUGUCGGACAUCUCUACACAGCUCUGGACCAUAUUGGAAUAUCCACUCAAGUCAUCGCCAAGGAAAAGGGAGAGGAUAUAUUGACAACAGUUACGAAGGCCAUCGAGGAAUCAGACCUUGCGAUCGUCGUUUUCUCCGAGGACUUCGCCUAUUCGCAGAUGUGUUUGGAGGAGGUGGCAAAAAUCAUGGAGAGCAAGAAGCAAAAAGAGAAUUUCAAGGUCUUUCCAGUGUUUUACAAAGUAGAAGCAAUUGAAGUAAGCAAUGUGGAAGGGAGUCACAAAUCUGGUAUGGAAGAGCAGGAGAAAAGGUUCGGAAAGGACUCGGAGAAAGUGAAGAGAUGGAAGAAGGCUCUUCAUGAAGCGGGCAGCAUGUUCGGGUGGCAAUUGCAUGACCGAAUGUCGGAGGCCACAGCAAUCAAAGAAAUCAUCAAAGAGAUCUCUGAUCUGACAAUGUACGACGUGUUCCUAAGCUUCAGGAGUAAGGAUGUCAGUGAGAACUUCGUUAACGGUCUGUAUGAGGCCUUAACCCAAAAGGACAUAAGGACUUUCAUGGACAGUGAGGAAUUAGAAAAGGGCCAGGAUUUGCCACCAGCACGGAAGGACGCCAUUGAACAUUCUCGCAUGUACAUCGUCGUUUUCUCAGAAAACUACGCUGAAUCUCGGUGGUGUAUGAAGGAGUUGGUGCAGAUCCUAGAGUGGAAGAACAAAAGAAAACAGCGGAUGCUACCGAUAUUUUAUCAGAUGAAACCGGGAGAAGUGAGGGGACAGAAACAGAGUUAUGAGGAAGCAUUGGCCAAGCAUGCAAUCGACUACGGGACGUACAAGGUCAAGAAAUGGAGGGAGGCUCUCACUGAAGCUGCCAAUGUGAAUGGAAAGCAUCUGCUUGAUGGGAACAGAGAUGGUUGGAUCUCUAGCAUUGUUGAAGAGAUAGAGAAAAUGGUGGCAGAAGAUAAGUUGACAGCUAGGAUGAAAAAACUCAAAAUGUCAAUUUGAUCGGAAAGAAUAGUAAUUUCACUGGAGAAGUUGUCUUUGAGUGUACUAGAGUUAUAGCUGCUUAAUAAAAUGUUAGUUUGGUCAACCAAUAUGGUAAUUUCACUAAAGAGAUUUGUGUGUGACAUUGCUGCUUCUUCUAAAGGUCACCAAUAUGCUGGAAGUUGUCGUUUAGUUGACAACAUUCUUAGAGGCUUAAAAUGUCAGUUUGGUAAGACACAGUAGGAAUUUCACUAGAAAGAUUGGUAUCUGAAAUUGCCUCUUCUUCUAAAUGUCACGAAUAUGCUGCUAGUUGUCUUCGAGUGUACAAGAUUUUUAG